AAGCCCAGAAGACUCCUCUCUCUAAGCCGGCGAAGACGUUUUCAAAAUACCAAAAGUUUGCCAACAGGAAUGAAUGCAACGUUCUUUAUCUAAUCGUGGACCAGUGAACUAGUACGACACCAUGUUGGCCCGCAUGGGUGUUAUGACAACAACAGUUAUAGGCUCUGCAGUGUUCUGGGCACAGCAGAAAAACACUGAGCCUGUACAAGCAAACUUGGAUUUGACCAAUACUCCUCGUUCUGACCAUUCCUCAUCUCCAUAUGAGCUGAAACUUGUUCAGGUGUUGUUUAGACAUGGGGCGAGAACACCACUGAAGUCUAUACCGGAUGUUUUGGAGGCACUCUGGGUUCCUGACCUUCUAGAGGUUCCAGAUCACACCAAGAUUGACUAUGUAGUUACAGACCUACAGGGAGGCCCAAGACCCCACUCUCCUGUGGAGGACAGCUACAGAGCCAAAACACUGGCGGGUGGCACAUAUCCGGGUCAGCUGACCACAGUGGGCAUGCAACAGCUGUAUGACCUAGGACUAAGUCUGAGGAGGAGAUAUAUUCAGGACACAGGCUUCCUUCGUCCAUACUUCAGCAAUAAAGAAGUUUACAUUCGUUCAACAAACAUUGUCCGCACCAUCGAAUCAGCCAAGUGUCUGGUAGCAGGGUUGUUCCAGCAGCAACAGACAGAGAUUGUGCCUAUUUUCACAGAAGAAGCAGAAAAAGAGAUCCUCUACCCAAACUACCAUGGAUGCAAACUUCUCAAACUGCUCAGUGGUUCUCGUUGGUCAGAAUCAUCCACGUUACCAGACGUUGCUUCGGAUCUACAGAGCAUUCAGAGUGUGUUGGGCGUGAGGCCUCAUCAGCAUCUCGACUUCAUCCUCAUUAGAGAUGACAUGGUGGCCAGAGAGACUCACAGGCUGCCGUCUCCUCCAGCGCUCGAAAGCUGGAGAGAUAAAGUAGAGCAGAGAGCUGUGGAUAUGAUCUGGCACAUCUACGACCCCAGUAACAGGGAGAAUCUACAGCUGUGUGUGGGUCCUGUCCUUCACACUCUUCUUACGAACAUGGAGACCAAAAUCCAGGGUAAAGCCUCUGAUUCAGACAGGAAACUGUUUCUGUACUCGGUGCAUGACACGACGCUAAUGCCGUGCUUGAUGGCACUGGGUGUGUUUGAUAUGAGAUGGCCUCCGUAUGCAGCUGACAUCACGCUUGAGCUGUACCAACACCAGCACAACAAGCAGCACUAUGUCAAAAUAUCCUACAUCGGUCAGGAUCAGAAGAUCCCUGGCUGUAGUGAUGUCUACUGUCCUCUGAGAGAGUUUAAGCAGGCUCUCUCCGUGUACGCCCUGCCUGAGGAGAACUACAACGCCCUCUGCAACCGCAUAACAGAUAUCCCCACACGCUGAGUUCAUAAUCCCUCAUGCCUUUGAAAGCACACACGCGCGCACACACACACGCACACAUGUCUGGUAAGACAGUUCUGUUCAGUUCAAGCUUGCACAUAUUGAUAUGAGAAUUUUGUCUGCUGUUCAUUAAUUAUUUUAUAUAUUUUUUUUGUUUGUUUGCUUUAACAGUAUCAGUAAUAGAUUUGCAUUUUAAUUUAGGAUGGUCUUAGUCGUGGAGCUUAGCGUUUACACAUUGUGUGGUCUACAACUAAAAAUUACACCAUGUACUGAUUUUAAGUUAUGUCUAAGUAAACUUGGUUUUAUUUAUAUCAGUCACCAUAACGCACACAAUGCAAGAUAUUAUACAAGCAUAUUAAAAUCCAAUUCAAAAUGAGGCUGUAUUAAAGAAUGUUACCACAAGGCACUCAUCACAAGACCAAAAGGGAAACGGCCCUGAAAUGUGAACUUGUGUUAUAAUCAACAAUUUGUUGCUCAGGGGCCACUUUUUGCAUUUGUAGAUGUAUGAUUUGUACGAGUAUGUGCUUUGUCCCCCUUCUAUGGGGUGUUUUACUGCACUGCUGGCAUAUCUGUGAUGUGAAAGAUGACCAAGGUUAUCAGUUUUUGUGGAUUUAUUUCAACUUCACAUGACAAUGUGUUCUUUUAGUAAAUAUUAAGUGUAUACAAUCAGGAUGUUAAGUCUUUUUAAAUAAAUAACUGAGUAGGCUUACAUAUGUUUACUCAAAGUAGACACAAAAAAGGACUUGGAUCAUGGCACUUCUUGAACAUAACAGAACACACUCAUCUCGUUAUCUCUAGCCGCUUUAUCCUGGUCUACAGGGUUGCAGGCAAGCUGGAGCCGAUCCCAGCUGACUACGGGCGAAAGGCGGGGUACACCCUGGACAAGUCACCAGGUCAUCACAGGGCUGACACAUAGACACAGACAACCAUUCACACUCACAUUCACACCUACGGUCAAUUUAGAGUCACCAGUUAACCUAACCUAACCUGCAUGUCUUUGGACUGUGGGGGAAACCGGAGCACCCGGAGGAAACCCACGGGGAGAACAUGCAAACUCUGCACAGAAAGGCCCUCGCCGGCCACGGGGCUCGAACCCAGACCUUCUUGCUGUGAGGCGACAGCGCUAACCACUACACCACCGAGAACACACUCAAUUAAACUAAACUGUUCUUUUCAGAUCUGUCACUUAUCUCUCAGAGUCAUGAGGGAGGCUGGAAUCAAUCCCAGCAUAUUUCGGGUACACACUGGGCAGGUCACCGAUCAAUCACAGAAACAAUAAACCAUUCACACUUACACCUACAGUAUGGACAGUAUAGGCCACACCAACUCAAUUAGUUGGUUCUCGGAAUCGCCGCUUGAAGAAAAUGCAAAAUGAAAAAAAAAUAAAAUCGAAAUCAAACUCCCGCCAACAGAAAAGGUCACGUGACGUGAAGUCACAUGACGUCGAAAACCAAUCAAAUCGCCCCUUUCACUUUCGAUAAAGACUUGUGGAAGAAACAUGCCUGUGGAGGGGAGUUCUGCAAAGCCUGUGUUUGUGAUUGUUAGGAUAUUCAGCAAACAGAAGCGUAAAAUCUUUGACAGGUGUGUUGAAAUUCUGUUUACUGGUUUGCCUGUAUUGUUUGGUCUAUUUCCACCGCUAAUUUUACCAUCAGAGCAUUUUUUUAAUUUUAUUUUUAUUUCGCCUGCUUGCUUCAUAUUUUUCCUGAAAAAAUCCGGGAACCAACUAAUUAAAUUGGUGUGGCCUUAGAGUAGCUAGUUGACCUAAUCUUGGACAUAACGUGUUUGGACUGUGAGAGGAAACUCGCACAAGAACAUACAAACUCCCAGUUGCUCAUGAGGUUCAAACUGGGAAUCUUUUUGUUGUGAGGUAACAGUACUAACCACUGUGCUGCCUUAAAGAAACAUUAAAAUAGGAAAAGGAAAAUGGUUGGAGGUGGGAGAAGAAAAGGCAAUGUUUUUUGUUUUCCCCUCCAUAUCUAGUAGCCAGUUUCAGUGGGUCUGUGCCCUCUUUAGCCUCAGAUUCCUGUUCUUAGCUGACAGAACUAGAAUUUUAUGUGGUCUUCAGCCCAUCUGCCAAGCUUUGACAUGCUGUGCAUUCUGAGAUGCUUUCCUGCUCAUCACAUUUGUAAAGAGUGCUGAUUUGAGUUACUGUAGCCUUCCUGUAAGAUCCAACUAAACAGGCCAUUCUCUUCCAACAUCUUACAUCAACAAAGCAUUUCCACCUGCAGAACUCAGCCUCGCUGGAUGUUUAGGAUGUUCUUGGGCUUUUUUCUCCCACACUAUUCUGUGUAAACUCUGUUUAGGCUGUUGUGUGUGAAAAUGACAGAGGAUCAGCAGUUUCUAAAAUGCUCAGAUUCUCUGGUCUGUCACCAAUAACCAUGUCAAAGUCACUGAGCUCACAUUUCUUCCUCAUUCUGAUGUUUGAUAUGAACAUGAACUGAAGCUCUUGACCUGUAUGUGAGUGAUUCUACGCGUUGCACUGUUGCUACCUGAUCAGCUGAUUGGUUAAUUGCACGAAUGAGCAGGUAUACAGGUAUAGGGCCUAAAUUUAGACGGUCCUAAAUUAUACUAUGUGGAUACCUAACCAUCACAAUCAUAUGUGCUUAUUGAAUAUCCCAUUCCAGAGCGUGUUCCCUUCAAAGGUGGGCAAAGUACCCAACUUCAUUACUUAAGUCAAAGUACAGAUCCCACUGAUAAAAUGUUACUCCGAUACAAGUGAAAGUUGUACAAUCAAAUUUUUACUUAAGUUAAAGUACUAAAGGACUUGCUUUUAAAAAUACUUAAGUAUUAAAAGUACAUUUUGUGUCAACGCAUUGUUGUAUUAUUGCCACAAUGCUUACAAAACCUAACGUCGUUAUCAAAGACAGAAAUGUGAAUUCACAAAACGAACGCAUGCUGUGCCAUCAUGGUGGUUUAACGUUAAGCUAGCUAGUCAGUGAAGCUCCACCUGACACACUAGCAAACUCUUUUCAAACUCAAAAUCAUAUUAGGUAGCUAACGCUACUAGAAAAGAAAGAUUCUGUUUAUUUGGCAAGAUUAUGCUAAAACAUAUUUCUGAAAGGACUUCAGAUAAGUUGAUGUUAUUCAUGUUAGCAUAACUCUGUUUUUACAUUCUAACUAACAGUGUCCAAGUUAACUAGCUAUGUGUUAACUUUAGCCAUGGACAACUUGGUGGGCAAAUCCAUAGAAAGUCAUUUGACUAACCAGACUGCACAGCUAUUGUAACAUUAUCGCUAGCUCUAAAAGCACAGACAACUUUGUUGCAAGCUUUCUCUUGAAAUAAAACGUUUACAGACCUCAAUAUGCUUCCGUAGGUUGGAUGGCGAGUUUUUGUAGGCCAUGGUGUGGUUUGUUUUCAGCAAACAAAGCAAAUAUUUAAAACAAAACAAAUCUUCUUUCCUUUCAGAAAACUGAAACAUGGGUUCUAGCUAUAGCCAUGAGUGUGCGUGCGUUCCCCAGAAGAACCGCCUCCUUCCAUUCUGCCAUCAACUGAGCGUGUUCAAAUAACGCUGCUGAGAAAUCACUGAACUUGAUUUUAUACAAUCUAUGGACGUGACGUGACCCUAGUGAUUACUGAUUGUUUUUUUCACAGUUGACAUUGAGACAGCCGAUCACGUUUUAGAAAAGAAAAGAAAAAAACCAUCCACUUUCAAAGCUGUUUCAUAAUAACGAGUAAUGAGGACCUUGAUAGAAAUGUAGUGGAGUGAAAAGUAUGAUAUUUGCCUUUCAAAUGUAGUGAAGUUAAAGUCAUAAGUUAAAAAAAAAAUGCUCAAGUAAAGUACAGAUACUGAAAAAGUGUACUUAAGUGCAGUACUCAAGUAAAUGUACUUUGUUACUGUCCACCUCUGGUUCCCUUAAUGCUUUCGCUCCACUCUUCUUGGAAGGCUUUAUGCUGUAUUUUGGAAUGUACCACGGUGCUUGAAAGUUUGUGAAAUCACAUUGAUGAGAUGCUGAAGAAUGAAUUAACAUGAUAAACAUGCCAUGCAGCAUCCUCCAAGCAAUAGGCUCCUAUGUUAAUUAACACGGCCUUUCUAUGUCCAGCAAACUCCAGAUCAGAUCACCUGUAAUAAUGUGAAAACCAGUCCUAAAGUACACUUCUACCUUGAACCAGGUUUGUAGUACUCAAGUCCGACUCGUGCCCUAAUUUUAAGGACUCAUGACUCAACUUGGCCUUGAGCACUGAUGACUCGGACUUGUGCAUUAACUGCAUUAGGACUCCUAAAUUGGAGACGAGGACUCGGAUGUUUUCUUUAUUUUUUGUAACAUGCCAUAAUAAUUUGGCAUAAGAUAUUUAUAUUUACAUUUAUUGUGUACUAAUUUCAUGCAAGAGCGUCACACCUGCAUGCCUUGGCGUGUGCAUCAGAUAGACUCUCGGGUGCGCUCUGGACUCUCACCUGCACAGGAUUAAGGCGCAAUCAGCGCGCCUGUAUAAAAACUGUGAAAAUGCACUUACUUUGCAAAGUAUUGAGUUGUGUUGCUGACACAUUACCAAGCCUUAUUUCCUUGUUUGGUUUCCUGAUCCCUGAUUUCCUGAUUCUCGUCUUUGACUCUGCCGAGUCUGCAAUAGCCUGUUUGUGCCUCGCUCGACCUGUUUCACUGUUUUACAAUUUUGCCUGCUGGUCUGGAUUGUUUACCUGUCUUCACUUGUAUUAAUGAACACACCUUCUGCACUUACAUCCGUCUCCUAACCAUCUCUGACAGAAUACUUCGUGCUCCCUGACAGAGAGAAAGCACAUUCACCUGUUCAUACGUCAUGUUCAGGAACAAACUAAUGCAAAAACAGCCACCGUCAAAUGGUGCGAUUGGAGUCUUGGACUCAACACAAAAAAUUUUUUAAUGACUCGUACACUGGGGACUUAAGACUGGACUCAGACUCGAGAUUUAGUGAGUCGACUACAAUACUGCCUUGAACAUGUUGCACUGAGUUAAAUCAUGCGCUUACUGCUCAAUAAUAGCCGUACAAUGUAAACACAACAGAAGUGCUGCUGUCACCAUUUCGACCGAUUUGAGAAGUUGUAUGGGAAGUGUCCUGUCUCCGAAAGUGUUCAUAUUCCUUCAUUCUGCACUCUCUGUAAGGAAAGUGUUUGCAUGUUUGAUGUCACAAUAUGAUGCUACAAAAGUUUUAUCAUGUCUAUAAAGAUAAAAGUUUUAUCUUUAUAGAUUCUGCCUUCACAAGGUAGAAAAAAUGUAUAAAGUUCUACAAGAGUGAUUGCUGUCCUCCUAAAUUAGAUAUAUUCACUACUUUCUCACAGGUUACAAAUUUGCAAAACAUUUCUUUUUCUUGGUUCCACCCUGAUUCGAUUACUCACGCUGGAAAAUGUAGAAGGUCUGAGCAGAAAUGUGCAUUUAAUAAAUGUUUGUGCAGCUGUCAAAAGGAUGACAACUGUAAAUUGUGCCUCGCUUUUACUGACCCUGUGAAUGAAUUGUGAUGCUUGUCACAUGGUAAAAGAUGAAGCAACAGGAAUGAGUGUAGAAAACAGAAUUUUUCCACAAUAUGCAAAACAUUAAGUGCACAUCAUUAAAACUGUGUAUAUUUGAAACACAUCCCAGAUGUAGCUGGAUUUUUUUUUCCUUUCAGCCCAAACAAUAGGCAGUAGAUUAAAUAGCUGUACUGUAGUUGCCUAGGAACUUAUAUUUUAUUGCUGAGGAAUCAGUUGCUUCAGUUUUAUUUGACUUCAGUUUUUAAUAUUUUUUAGUCAUGGGAAUUUUAACUUGGGUAGAUUAGAAAUACAUCACAAUAAAAAAAAGCAUUGAAAUGUUUUCAGAUUGAGAUUUAAUUUAAUCGCUUUUACACAAAGGCUGUAAGAAACAUGUAAUGGAAAUGUGAAUGCUUUUGUAUGCUGUGUGCUUUGAUGGACAAUGUAUAGCAUAUGAUUCAUGUGAUGUGCACUCAGAAAAUAAAGUGCAUUAUUGUA